GGAGUGACAUCAUUAUCAACAAAAAUUGCUCAUCAAUUUCGUAUUUUAUUUUUGGUUGUACCUAUACAUAUUUUUGUUUUUUGCAAUAUACUAUUAUUUUUAGAACAUCUUCAUUUGGAGACGAAAACAAACUAAGUCUCCAACUCAUUCAUUAGUUUGUGUUAGUCCACCGCACAGGUGAAAGGCAAUCCGAACGUUCGAUUUAUUUUGUAUUCCUUCUUUUUUGUGAAAUCUUGGAUAAAAGGGUUCGGCAGAAUAUGUAACUAGUGUUAAACCGAUACCUACGAGUAUCUGCAGACAAAAAAAAAAUAAACCUAAAUAGAUAUUAAUUGAAAAACUCGUAUGUGUAUAGCAAAGCAACUUACAUAAGUGUUUGUUUUGGUUUUCUUCAAAGGAAAAGUGUGUUGGAAUAUUAAAAUAGAACGACAAACAAAUUAAUUGCAUAUAAAUAAAUUAUCUACUCCCAUUGCAAAGAAGUCCGAACCUUUAAUAUCUGAUGAUUGAUUCUAUUUACGUACAUAUAAGAUACAACAUUGCACAUCGACUGACGUAGUCAAGUCGUAGGCUAGACACUUUAGAGUAGAGACCGAGAAACUUCAAUUUGGCUGUGUAGACUACACCACGUGAACAUUUAAAUAAUUGUUUAUUGCUGUAAAAUAACUUUGUUUUGUUUUUAAUUUUAUUUACCUAUGGAUUUUCUUAUGACAAAAUUAAACUCUAAUUAAUUCAAGAAAACAGUUUAACCAAAAAAAAAAAGCAAAAUGCUUCGUCAUAUUAGUCAUUAAACCUUAAACUUCCUUAAAACAAAAAUAAUUUGUUAAACAUUUAGUCUGUGAUAUUAAGUUGAGUGACAAAAUUUUAUUUUUGGAUAUUUUGAAAAAAUAAAAAUGAAUAGAGUUUUCGAGUUCUUUCGAAAUCACCAUAUCCUAGCUGUUGUCGAAGAUGCCUUGGAAAACUUGUCUUUCACGCUUAAUUUGUCCCGCUUCCAGCUGACGGAAAUACCGGAUUUGGUGCACGCAUGUGAGAGUAUUAUGAAGUUAUUUCUUAAUCACAAUCAGUUGACACAGCUUCCAGACUACCUCGACAGUUUUCAUCGUUUACAAAUUCUUACACUCGACUACAAUCAUUUGCAACAAUUUCCCACUGUGAUAUGCAAUAUAACAACAUUGCGUGAAUUAAACUUAAGUUGCAAUCAAAUAGACGAACUUCCACCGGAAAUUGGACGUUUAAGGGAAUUGGAAACAUUUUGGUGUAAUAAUACAGGACUAACCAAAAUACCCGAUGAAAUAUCCAAAUGCAAGCGAUUAGAAACAUUUGGUGCACGAGGAAAUCAAAUCGAAACAUUACCAUUAAAUUUUGGUUUAUUAAAUAGACUUAAAUGGCUAACAUUGGAAAACAAUCAACUAAAGAGCUUACCACAAAGUUUAAUUGGCUUAAAAAGAUUGGUUCAUUUAAAUUUGAAAAGUAAUCAAAUAACUGAGAUGCCGGAGUUUUUAAGUUCUUUGAAAAAAUUGCAGUUUGUUUUUCUUAAUUUCAAUAGAAUUAGUGAAGUUAAUGAGGAGAUCUUAGAUAAAACACAAUUCAUAAAAAUGAUCAAUUUAAAUGACAAUCCUGUUAAGGAUAGUAUUGACAUAACGAAACAUUCACACAUUGUUGUAGACAGACCCGCUGCACAAAUGAGCGCCUCUAAUAACUCAGACAUUGAUGCAAACGACGAUGAUGAAAACAUCAACGAUUCAGAUCUGUCCGAUUGGGAAAAUAGUAUUGAGACUAGUGAUAUUGACACAACUGACGAAAGCUCAGAAGAAAAUGACAUAGAAGACAUUUCAAUUCUUAUCCCGGAACUAUCACGUUAUAUAACCAAUUUUAACUGAAAAAAAUAGUAAAACCUUUUUGAAAACAAAAAUGAAAAUAAACAAAUCAAGUCAAUUAUUA